AAUCCCACCUCCUUAGACUUGCAGUCCACAUAACCUUUCUAACCUUGGUUGGUGAAAGACCAGCAAGCAUUUAUACCCAAAUAACCGCCCACUCCUCCCCCCACUUACUAAUAACCCACGAAACCCUACCCCUCCCCACUCUCCCAAAUCCCACCUUCCUCCCCCCAAUGACAGAAUCCGGCCACCCUCGCUCCUCCUCCUCCUCCCCCAUCAUCCCCAAACCCCUCCACCGCCGCCCCCUCCCCCGCCUCCUCCUCAUCCUCCUCUUCCUUCUAAUCCUCCUCAUUGCCAUCUUCGUCAUCCUCGCCCUCACCCUCUUCCGCCCCCGCGACCCUCGCACUCAACUCGUCUCCACCACCAUCACCGGCGUCUCCCCUCGCUUUUCAAUUCCAAACCUUACCCUCUCCAUCAACCUCACCAUCGCUUUAGACAUCCUCGUCUACAACCCUAAUCGAGCUUCCUUCACCCACGACCACGGCUCCACCCGCCUCCUCUACCGCACCGCUUACAUCGGCGACGCAGACGUCCUCCCUGGCCGCAUCCCCUCCCAUGGAUCCACUCACGUUCAAGUUUCCCUAACCGUCGAUGGGUCUCGGCUUUCCGGCGAGGCGGGGAACUUAGUAGCCGACGCUUUGGCCGGUGAGGUGGAUUUCGACGCCGAGACGAGGAUCCCUGGGCGGCUCAAGUUCUUGGGCUUUAUCAAACACCACGCCGUAGCGAUCUCGAAAUGCCAUGUCGCGGUUGGGUUCCCCAACUUGAAGGUCAGGCGACAGGAUUGCACGCAGAAAACAAAAUUAUGAUCACCGGAGAGGUGACGGGAUUCGAUCUGGGAAGAUAUGAGACGAAGUGUUGACAUC